UAUGUAAUAUUGGAAUUGUCAAAAGAUUGGCUUGUGCUAGAGAAGUUCAAAGAGCAGAGAGGAGAUUAGGGUUUUUGGUAUAUUAGGGUUUAAAUCCGACCGACGACGAUGAUUUACGACGUCAACUCGCCGCUUUUCCGAUCAUUCCUUAGCCAGAAGGGUGGCGCCUCCGACAAGAGGAAAACAGAAGAGCAGAAGCCAAGGGAACAGAGGCCAAAAGCUAGUGAAAACAAGCCUGUUAUGAAUGAGUGAGAGUGAAAGAUGUAGACUUAUUUUAUUAUAUAUGGAAUGUUGUUGAACAAGGCUUUUAAUGAAAUGCUGCUUGACAUUUGAAUG